AACCAUGUUGAGUCCUGCAAACGGGGAGCAAAUUCACCUGGUGAACUAUGUGGAGGAUUAUUUGGACUCCAUCGAGUCUUUGCCUUUCGAUCUGCAGAGAAACGUCUCGUUGAUGAGGGAAAUAGACGCGAAAUAUCAAGAAAUUCUAAAAGAAUUGGAUGAAUAUUAUGAGAGAUUUAAGCAUGAGACUGAUGGUACCCAGAAGAGGAGAGUUCUGCAUUGCAUUCAGAGAGCCCUGAUUCAGAGCCAGGAACUGGGCGAUGAAAAGAUUCAGAUUGUGAGUCAGAUGGUAGAGCUGGUUGAGAACCGGACCAGACAAGUGGACAGUCAUGUGGAACUCUUUGAGGCUCAUCAAGAGGUCAACGACACCACGGGCAACAGUGGCAAAACCAGCCAAGAUAAAUCAAAGAAUGAGACAAUCACUCAAGCCGAAAAGCCCAACAAUAAGCGAUCCCGACGCCAGCGCAACAACGAGAACCGCGAGAAUGCGUCCAAUAAUCACGAUCCCGAUGACAUCACCCCGGCAAUGCCGAAAGAGAAGAAAGCAAAAACGUCAAAGAAGAAGAAGCGCUCUAAGGCCAAAGCCGAGCGGGAAGCCUCUCCUGCAGACCUUCCCAUCGACCCGAACGAGCCAACGUACUGUCUGUGCAAUCAGGUCUCCUAUGGAGAGAUGAUCGGCUGUGACAAUGACGAGUGCCCCAUCGAGUGGUUCCAUUUCUCGUGCGUGGGACUUAACCAUAAACCAAAGGGCAAGUGGUACUGCCCCAAGUGCAGAGGGGAAAAUGAGAAAACCAUGGACAAAGCCCUGGAGAAAUCCAAAAAAGAAAGAGCUUACAACAGGUAGUUUGUGGACAUUUCUUUGAAUGGUGAGGAAGGAGUAAAAAGAAAAAGUGUAUUUAUUACAUUGUCACCUUUGUGGAGGUGUGAGGAUUGUAAAAUGUAUAUUUUUAAAGGAUGUUAGAAAAGGAGCCAUUUCUUUCAUCGGGAUGGCAGGGAGAGUUUCCUUUUGUUUUCAUGGGUACACACGUGUAAGAAGACAGUGGUCUGGAUCAGCAUUUUAGAAACCACAAAUGGAGGUUUGAGUUAAACACUUGUGUGAGUCUCAGACUGGUAUUUUUUUCUCUUUUGGUGACUUUGGAAACAACCUAAUAUUAAAAUGUGGAGAGAAGAUUCGUUUAGCUAAUAUUUUAAUAAAAAUAAUGUUAUUACUUUAUUAAUACUGGUUUAUUUUUUAUUUAAAUUUUUUUUAAUUAGUGGCUAAAACGACCGCUCAUAGCAAAUUUGUUUCUUGCUACCAUAAUGUAUAUCCAUCUAACAAUUCAGUAACAAAGGUUUAGAGUUAAAAGAUUAUUUUUUACAAAGGUAAAUGAUUAAAUUUUACAUGACAAAUAUUUUAUAUACUGGCCUCUUCCCCAGUCGGCAAUUUUUAAAUGAUUGAGUACAUUUUAUAUUAAACCAAAUGAAAAUGGUCUAGUCAUGGGACGUCAUGUCACGCUUUUGCUAUCACAAGUUACAGUGUAGCAGUCUUUAAUGUAGAAAAGCUGUAUAAAUGUACAUUUCCGAGUAAACUUGCACUUGUAUUAUAAUGAGAAAUGCAGCCAGAUGCGCUUGUGAAACUAUGGUGCGUUUCUUUUGUAUGUAUGAGAGCUGUAUAGAUGUGAUGUUAAGAAAUAAAUGAAACUUGGCCAGUUCA